AUGUCACAUUGGUAUUUAAAUAGAAAAUUUGGCAUUGUUAUAGAUGCAGGAAGUUCAGGAUCAAGGAUUCAAAUAUAUUCUUGGAAAGAUCAUAGUAUUGUUAGACAGGGCAAAGAUGAGAAAGAUCUUCAUGUAUUGCCUACAGUUGAACGUGCUGACGAGCAUGGCGUAAAUUGGCAACUUAAAGUAGAACCAGGUAUAUCUUCAUUUGCAAAUGAACCAACUGAAGUAGGACCAUUGCAUCUAAAACCUUUAUUACAAUUCGCAGACAAGGUCAUACCUACAAAUGAAAUCCAUCAAACGCCUAUAUAUUUACUGGCUACUGCUGGAAUGCGACUAUUGCUGCCAUCUCAACAACAAGCCAUACUUCAAAAUGCCUGUGAUUAUAUCCAAUUUAAUUAUCGAUUUAAAAUUAAUAAAUGUUCGGAUCAUGUUCAAGUCAUAACUGGCGAAACGGAAGGAAUAUACGGUUGGAUUGCUGUAAAUUACUUGAUGAAUGGAUUCGUUAAUGAUGAUGGUAAACCACUUAUUGCCGACGGAAAAGAAAAUUCGGAUCAAACAUCUACAUUUGGAUUUUUAGACAUGGGUGGGGCUAGCACACAGAUUGCGUUUGAGCCAAAUAAAAUUGAAGCGGAAAAACAUGCUAAUGAUUUGACUAAAGUCACGCUGUAUACUUUGGACGGAAAUAGAAUGGACUAUAAUGUAUUUGUCACAACAUUUUUAGGCUUUGGAACUAAUGAAGCACGUCGUAGAUACAUAGAGAGUCGUAUUAAAAAAUAUACCUCUACACAUGAACAAAUAGUCAAUCCUGACACUGCUAGAGAACAACCAACCAUUCUAUUAAAAGAUCCUUGUUUGCCUGUAGAUCUUUUACUUACCGAUAGGACAUUACCCCCUCCAUAUUAUACUCUACAAGGAACAGGAGAUUUCAACCUUUGUUUAAAAGACACUUAUGCAUUAUUAAAUAAAUACGCUCCCUGUUUAGACAAUCCUUGUUUAUUUAAUGGUGUUCACACACCGAAAAUAGAUUUUUCGGUUAAUAAGUUCAUUGGAAUUUCUGAAUAUUGGUAUUCAUCUCACGACAUUUAUGGUUUGGGUGGGAUGUGGAAUUUUCCAGAAUUUGAAAAAAAAGCUCUCGACUAUUGUGCUAGAAAUUGGGAAAAUAUUGUUGAAACAUAUUAUCUUAAAGGUGAAACGGCAAAUCCUUCAAUAGAUUUAACAAGAUUGGAACUGCAAUGUUUUAAAUCAGCAUGGUUGGUAAAUAUAUUGCAUGAGGGAAUUGGUGUUCCGAGAAUGAUUGAUUCGGGUGGAUUGCCUGAAAAUAAUAAUUUAUUAGAAAAAGUUAGACAUAAAUCACCUUUCCAAAGUAUAAAUAGCAUUAAUAAUAUAGCAGUGAGCUGGACUCUUGCUCGUGGAUUAUUUGGCCAUUACAAUUUUAUGGUUGAAUGGAUUAUUGGGGUCACAAUUUUGCUUGUAAUUUUAUUAAUGAUUUGGUGGUUAUGUUUGCGUAGUAAGAAUAUAAUUGGAAAAGGAAUAAAAAUUAGUAUAGCAUUUCUUUAUUCAUGUAUUUAUUCGUUGUUUAAUAGGAGCGGUAAAAGUAAAGAAGAACCGGAUUAUAGACGGUUAGAAAGUGGUAGUGGUGGUGGACAAUAUAGCACUCUUUGGGAAAAAUUUUUAGGGAUGAAGUAA